AUGAAAUCUUCAAUCUUCUCGCUACUUCUUUCAGCCGCAUUCUUAGGAGCCGCUCAAGCCCAAGGCCUUCCUCCAGCUUUACCGUUCUCGACAGGCUUUAAUUCUUCGUUUUCCCUGUCCGCUGCCCAGAUCAAGGAAGCCAACAUCUCGGAAACUGUAGCAGACAGUAUCAAUACCGUCAUGAAUUUCCAUCAAUCUAGUCUUGCGAAUGGUGGUCCAAAACAAGAUGACUUCUACACUCUCCCUGAAAAGCCAACCGAUCUUCGAGCUGGUCAAGUCCUCAAGGUGCAGGAAGUAACAGACCCAGCACCAUUCUCAAUUGCGCCUGGAUCCUCCCUGAGCAGAAUCCUCUAUACCACUCGUAACUUCAACGGAACGAUUAUCCCAGCCAGUGCUUAUAUCCUCUGGCCGUUUCUGCCCCGUCAAUUCAAGACCAACGGCAAAGCCGCCGCGGUUCUUUGGGCCCAUGGAACGUCGGGCUACUUCAUUGACUCCGCGCCUUCGGCUCACCGUGGCCUCUACUACGAGAACGUGGUCCCUUUGUCACUUGCGCAAGAAGGCUAUGCUGUUGUUGCGCCGGACUUUGCGGGUCUCGGAGUGGACAAGUCAUGGGAUGGGAGUGAAAUUCCGCAUCAGUACUUUGCUACUCCUGCUGGUGCCCAAGACACUCUCUUUGCAAUGGAAGCUGCGCUUGAGGCAUUCAGCAACCGCCUUAGUGGGAAGUUUGCCAUCAUGGGCCAUAGCCAGGGCGGUGGGAUUGCUUGGGGUGCAGCGGAGGCGCUAGCCAAAGGGAGAGAUACAAGUGGUAGAAAGGCUUUCGGGGAGCUCUUGAAGGGCUAUGUGGGCACCAUCUCGAUUGCACCCGUCACAAAGCCGUUGACUACUCCUGGACUCUUCAGCAGCUACAGUGCAUCCAUAGCUCUGUCGAGCAUAUUCACUGACUUCAAGCCCAGCCAAUGGUUGACCCCACUGGGUGUCGUGAGACAGAAGCUGAUGAAGCGGAUCGGAGGGAGCGUUGCAACUGGACAGCAGCUAUUCUUCACUGAAUCGCAAAGCGUUUUUGAGAAACCGGACUGGUUUAGUUCGUCUUAUCAUGCCGCUGCCUUUGACAAGCUCGGGACUGUCGGAGAUAAGCCUUUCGCGGGUCCUCUUUUGGUGAUUCAGGGUACCGAGGAUGUCUUCAUCGCAGCCACGACUACCAACAAAACUGUCACGGAUACCGCAAGCCUGUACCCUAAGAGCUCUCUGAGUUAUAUGUACGUCGAUAAGUUCGGUCAUACUCCAAUCAUCUCAGGUGUCCGAAGCCUCUGGAUGGCUUGGCUCAACGACAGAUUCCAGGGCAAGAAGCAGCCAAGAGGACUUCAGAGAACAUUUAUCCGAGGCUGGCUGGGCGAUGAUAAGCAUUUCUUCGGAAGCAAUGGCUAUCUUCAGUGGAGUGGAGCACCAGAGUAUACCUACCAGAACCCUGGGGCAGUCUAG